AUGUCCCCACCACCAUCCCCACGUACCCAUCGCCAUCCCAACGUACCCAUCGCCAUCCCAACGUCCCCAUCACCAUCCCCACGUCCCGAUCACCAUGUCCACCAACGACCUGGCCUGCGACCGCCCCGACUACUGGGUCUGCGAGCGCCCCGCCGGGCCCUAGGGGUGGCCCCCCAGUCCCCACGUGGCCCCCCCGGGUCCCCUCGGUGUCCCCUGUGGUCCCCGGCGUCCGGCGGCACCGUCGUCAUCACCGACGUCCCCACCAACGUCUCCGCAAACGUCCCCAUCGCCGUCCCCACGUACCCAUCACCGUCCCAACGUCACCAUCCCAACGUCCCCAUCGCCAUCCCCACGUACCCACCACCGUCCCAACGUCACCGUCCCCACGUCCCCAUCGCCAUCCCCACGUACCCACCACCGUCCCAACGUCACCGUCCCCACGUACCUACCACCAUCCCCACGUCCCCAUCGCCGUCCCAACGUCCCCACCACCAUCCCAACGUCCCCACCACCAUCCCCACGUCCCCAUCACCAUCCCAACGUCACCAUCACCAUCCCCACGUACCCACCACCGUCCCAACGUCACCAUCCCCACGUCCCCACCACCGUCCCAACGUCCCCAUCGCCGUCCCAACGUCCCCAUCACCAUCUCCACGUCCCCAUCGCCGUCCCCACGUCCCCACCACCGUCCCCAUGUCCCCAUCACCGUCCCCACGUCCCCAUCGCCAUCCCAACGUCCCCAUCACCAUCCCAACGUCCCCACCACCAUCCCCACGUCCCCAUCGCCAUCCCAACGUCCCCAUCGCCAUCCCCACGUCCCGAUCACCAUGUCCACCAACGACCUGGCCUGCGACCGCCCCGACUACUGGGUCUGCGAGCGCCCCGCCGGGCCCUAGGGGUGGCCCCCCGGGUCCCCCCAGUCCCCACGUGGCCCCCCUGGGUCCCCUCGGUGUCCCCUGUGGUCCCCGGCGUCCGGCGGCGCCGUCGUCAUCACCGACGUCCCCACCAACGUCUCCGCAAACAUCCCCAUCGCCAUCCCAACGUACCCACCACCGUCCCAACGUCACCGUCCCCACGUCCCCAUCGCCAUCCCCACGUCCCCAUCACCAUCCCAACGUACCCACCACUGUCCCCACGUCCCCAUCGCCAUCCCCACGUCCCCAUCGCCAUCCCAACGUACCCAUCGCCGUCCCCACAUCCCCAUCACCGUCCCAAUGUCCCCAUCACCAUCCCAAUGUACCCACCACCGUCUCCACGUCCCCGUCACCAUCCCAACAUGCCCAUCACCAUCCCCACGUCACCACCACCAUCCCCACGUCCCCACCACCGUCCCCACAUCCCCAUCGCUGUCCCCACGUCCCCAUCACCAUCCCCACCACCAUCCCUACGUCCCCACCACCAUCCCCACAUCCCCAUCGCCAUCCCCACGUCCCCUCCACCAUCCCCACGUACCCACCACCGUCCCAACGUCCCCACCACCAUCCCCACCACUGUCCCCAUGUAGCCAUCACCAUCCCAACGUCCCCAUCACCAUCCCAACGUCCCCAUCACCAUCCCCACAUCCCCGUCACCAUCCCAACAUGCCCACCACCAUCCCCACGUCACCACCACCAUCCCCACCACCGUCCCCACGUCCCCACCACCGUCCCCACCACCGUCCCCACGUCCCCAUUGCCAUCCCAAUGUCCCCAUCACCGUCCCCACGUCCCCACCACCAUCCCAGCCAAUGACAACAUCCCCACCGCAGUCCCAGGCAACAUCCCAACCGACGUCCCCAUCACCAUCCCCACCAGCGUCACCAAUGUCCCCACCAACGUCCCAGCCAACGUCACCACCAACGUCCCCACCAAUGUCCCCAUCAACGUCCCAGCCAACGUCACCAAUGUCCCCACCACCGUCCUCACCCAGCCCCACCCCCAUCAACGUCCCCUAGAUGCCCACGGCCAGCCCCCGUCCCUGUGCCCGCAGCUGCCUGCUGUCCCCUGCCACCAGCCCCACCGCUGUCCCCUGCCACCAGCCCCACCGCUGUCCCCCACCGCUGUCCCUGCGUCCCCUGUGGCCACCCCCAAUAAAGGCACCGCGGGGAGCCCACAGGGCCUGGCCGAUGGGGACACGGGGGACACGGGUGGCACGGGGACACGGGGAGGGGGGACGUGA